AUGAAUACACCAAGAAAGUUUCGUAUUCGUUCACCUUGCUCUACUGCCAACAUUGGGCCUGGGUUCGAUGUCUUGGGUAUCUCUCUUUCCCUUUAUUUGACCAUGGAUGUUGAGAUAUUGAAGGAAGCUGACAAAGAUUUUGAAAUGACCUAUAGUGGAGAAGGAUCUAAGGAUGUUCCACUUACUCCAGAGCAAAACUUGAUCACCAAAACCGCUCUCUACGUCCUCUCUGCAAAUGGCAUUUCUCAGUUACCUAAACCUCUCAAGAUCCAUGUCGACAAUCCUAUUCCUCUUGGUCGUGGAUUAGGUUCAUCCGGUGCAGCUGUUGUCGGUGGAGUCUUGCUUGGUAAUGCCUUGGGUCAAUUGGGAUUAUCAAGAGAUCGAUUACUGGAUUACUGUUUGAUGAUCGAACGUCAUCCAGAUAAUGUGGCUGCUGCCUUGAUGGGCGGAUUUGUUGCUUCUUAUCUGAGAGAGCUGGAUCCUAGCGCUAUGCAAGGUGUACCUGCCUCCGAGUCACUACUCAACAUUGCCCUUUCACAACAGGUACCUCAGCCUCCUGUAGGUAUCGGACAUUAUGUCAGACUGAACUGGGCCAAGGAAAUCAAGUGUAUUGCUAUUGUACCUCAGUUUGAGGUAGCUACAGCUAAAGCAAGAGCCGUGCUCCCUUCACACUAUGAGAGAAAAGAUGUGGUUUUCAAUUUCCAGCGGUUGGCUGUGUUGACUACUGCUUUGGGACAAUCGCCACCCGAUGCUGAUUUGAUUUAUAAUGCAAUGCAAGAUAAAAUUCAUCAACCCUACCGAAAGACUCUUAUUCCCGGACUUCCUGAAGUUUUGUCUUGUAUCACACCAGAAAAGCACGAUGGCCUAUUGGGUAUUUGUCUUUCCGGAGCUGGGCCCACCAUUCUUGCCUUAGCCACCAAAAACUUUGAUGAUAUUGCAAAGGCAGCGAUUGAUGUAUUCAAAAAGCAUGGAGAUUUUGAAUGUAUUUAUAAAGUUUUAGAUGUUGUUACUGAUGGUUCUACAUGUUCAGAUAUUGAAUCAUAA